AUGGCAUACUCAUUAACCACCUCCUUCUUAGGAGACUCUCUCAUCUCUGGUUUCGACUGGUUCAAUGGCCGUGAUCCUUCGAAUGGAUUCGUACAAUAUCAAGACCUAGAGGGUGCCGAGCAAUAUGGCUUAUACUCUGUGGAUCCUUUCAGCAAUACCGUUCGACUUAGACCCGACUCCGCUCGGAAAUUUGGUCUGAACGAAGGAAGACCUAGUGUUCGACUUGAAAGCAAGGAAUCCUAUCAGUAUGGAUUGUUCAUCGCAGAUUUCCAACACAUGCCUAUUUCACAAUGUGGUACUUGGCCAGCCUUCUGGGCAUACGGUGCCAACUGGCCCAACAAUGGCGAAGUUGAUAUCCUUGAGGGCGCCAACUUGGCUUACACUAAUAUCAUGUCUGCACACACGGCCGAUGGCUGCAUGCUAGACCCCGCAGACUCGAAUCUCUUCUCUGGAAACCCCCAGAGCUUGGACUGUGCUGUUGGUACAGACAAUGUUGGAUGUGGCUUCACCCCGCCCGCAAGUGAUACUUCCUCUUACGGUGAUGGCUUCAACGCUGUCGGCGGUGGUGUCUAUGCAAUGGAAUGGGACUCAGAGUACAUCUCGAUCUGGCACUUCCCACGAGGCGCAAUUCCGGCUGAUAUCGAAGCCAAACGACCUGAUCCUAAGAAAUGGGGACUUCCUCAGAGUCUGUUUGGAGGUUCAAAGUGCAACGUUGACGAGUAUUUCAACAAUAUGAGGAUUGUUCUGAACAUUAACUUCUGUGGCGAUUAUGGCGAGGGAACUUGGGGAAGUUCUGAAACUUGCCGAGCUCUCGCCCCAACUUGCCGUGAAUAUGUUGCAAACAACCCUCUGGAUUUCCAAGACGCCUAUUUUGAUGUUAGCUACAUUGAUGUCUACACUCGCCUUGGAGGAGACGCCCCGCCUGUUGUCCCAUCGUCAACCAGUGAAGCACCUACAGAUAUCUCCAUCCCUUCAGCUAGCACUCCUGGGCCUAACACUCCAAUCUCAGGGAACACUAGAUUCCCCAACAGCACCGCCAUCAUCACUCGUCCCCGGCCCAAGGAAGGUGAAUCCACAACAGCAGAGCCCACAACUACAACAACAUUGACAGGUAUCUCUUCUGUCGAGGUCACAAUUCCUGGCUCUGGAACCAAUAGUGCAACUGUUAGCUCUCUUCCUGUUGCUACAGGUGGAAGCUCAGUCAACCCAGCUAAGAUUGAUGAUUAUGCAUAUCUUGGUUGUUUCGGAUCGCAGACUGGUUUCCAGACUUUCAAUGAGAAAGCCGAGAGCGAUGAUAUGACCAUUGAGAAGUGCAUUGAAGCUUGUAACGGCCUGACUUAUAUCGGUCUCUUUGAAGGAACCUGCUAUUGCGCCUCUAAGCUUGACGCCGAUACCCGUGCUUUGCGCAACGAGUCUUCAUGCAAUCGCCCUUGUCCUGGAAACGACGAUCAAUUUUGUGGUGGUAUGGUCUCUCAAAGGUCUAAACGAAGCAUUCCUCUCCGCCGAGAUGCUCCCAACAACAUCCUACUCACAGUGUAUGCCGACCUCAGCGACGCUGGACAGCCUGAUGUCCCACCUGGCAUGGGCCCCGGUGUUGAUGGAACUGCCGCCGCCAGUGGUUCAUCGAGUCCAACUGGUGGAAGUGGUCAAGGCAGCUCGCCUGCUAAUGGAGGAGAUGGCUCGAAUGGAUCAGGGAGCCAAGCAGGAGGAUCUGCUCAAGAAACUGCGAAUGGACAAGCUGGCUCAGGCGAUGACUUGCCCGCGGCUACUAAUAACAGAGUGGUUGCCGACACUGCUACAGUCACCGACGUUGUAGCCGGUACUGAUGCGGACGCUGUGGUUUUCAGCACUUUGUCUGACGGCGAAGUUAUUGAAGCAACACAAGCUAUCCCCGACACAGUUGUCACAAGCACGAUCACUUUCUUCACAGUGCUCCCAACGAACCCCGGAUCACUUGUACCUCAAGAAAGUAUCGUCACCAUGAGUUACUCACUGUGUGACUACUGCGAUACUCCCACCUUGAUUCAGCCAGCGAUGGCUACCAAGGUCGUCGAAUGCGACGGCUGUGGUAUAAAUGGCGAAAACACAGUCACAUUGACUGUGCCCGUCCAUGUCACCGUCACCGUCACUGGUGCUGGUACCAAUGCAACCCAAGCAACCGGCAAUGCGGCUGCAGGAGUCGUCCCAGAUCAGACACGAGAGAUUCCUCCUAUUGUGCCAACCGGAAUGGGAAGCAAUGCAAAUGCUGGUCCUGAAGUAACGACGAUCGUGAUAACAUACUUGACAACCCAACUGGUCACAUAUGGCACGGAAACAAACUCCGUCUCUACCGAGACAAGAACCUUGCGACGCACGGUUGUCCUUACUGUAUCAGACAUUGAGACGAUGAGUAUUCUACCUGUACCGUCUCCUGGAAGGCCAAACACUCCGAUUUCCCAUGCUACACCAACACCGGGCGCCUCGGGUGCGCCAGCCGUGGUUUCCAGUGCCUCAUCGAGAGUCGAUGACUUCUUUGUUUACUUUGCGAUUGUGGCCAUGGCAAUUCUUGCCUUGUCUCUUUAG